ACGUUAUAAUGAUACAAACAACAGGGCAGCUCUAGCUGUGGUUCAGUAUCAGUGCAGCCGCGGAAGACGCCGCGCCGUCCCCUCCCGCUACGCACGGUCUAUGUGAUCUCAUUUCCUAUCUCAUAUCCAGACAUACUUAUUCGGCAUGUCAGAAUCAGAAGCGAAGCCCCAGGACUCCGUGGAGCAGGUGACGCAGGAGGUGAAGGCCGUCAAGCUCGAGAACGGCGCCGCGCCGGGCGCGACCAACGGAACCAAGCCUGAAGACAAUGCCGUCUCGUUUAAGGACGCCUUUAAAGCCUUCUCAAAAUUCGGCGACUCGAAGUCAGACGGCAAGCACAUCACGCUGUCUCAGAGCGACAAAUGGAUGAAGCAGGCCAAGGUCAUAGACGGCAAGAAGAUUACCACCACAGACACCGCCAUUCACUUCAAGAAGCUUAAGAGUAUGAAGUUGGCUGAGGCGGAUUACCUGAAGUUCCUGGAAGAUUUGGCCAAGAGCAAGAAGGUCGAGUUAGACGAUAUUAAGAAGAAGUUGACGACGUGUGGGCAGCCAGGUUUGACUUCAAAUGUCACAAAAUCCCCAUCAGCCGCAGCAACAGUAGACCGCCUGACAGACACCAGCAAGUACACGGGCUCCCAUAAGAACCGGUUCGACGAGACCGGCAAGGGCAAGGGCAUCGCCGGCCGCAAGGACCUGGUGGACGGUUCCGGAUACGUCAGCGGCUACCAGCACAAGGACACCUAUGACAAGUCGCAUUAGCUUUAAACACUGGCUGCAGGGCCUUAAGUCAGUUUAUACCAGAGCGGCGCCACUCUCGUAAAAAAACUGAAAUGUCUCUUAUUGUUAUUCUGCUCGAUCCUGUAAGCAAAAAUGAACAUUAAUUACAAACACCUAGAGUAGAAAACACUUUACUCGCCGCAGGGUAUAAGAAUUCGUAGGUACUCGUGUUUUUUUUCGAGAGUAGCGAGAACUUGGAUGUGGAAAAACGGGUUUCCUUCUACUUUUGUGACUAUGUAUACUUAUAUGAGAAAAAAAAAUGUCUGGUGGGGUGGAGAGGCCAGAUCUUACACUUGCGAUGAAUGUCAAACCGCCCCGUUGAAUUCUGGGGCUCGAAAUCUCCCUGCGACUUAAAGCAGGCCCUGCAACUAAAAUAUUGUUAUUUAAAUUUUAUAAAGAUUUUAACAAUAUUAUCCCCACAUAACACGUUGUACAUUUCCGCUGUAAGUUUUACUAUUAACGCAUUCAUCGAUGGCGCUUUGUGUGUAUUAGACGUGUAGCGAAAACAUUCCUUUCAAAUCUGUCUAGAAUUAUAAAUAUUUAAAGAGAAUAAAAUUCUUGAGACACUAUUUUGUAUGUGACCAGUUGUGUAAUUGUUAUGUUCUUAAUUAUUGAUUUGAAUGUAACUUUUGAUGUCUAGUCGUAAGUAGAGCUUAGAUUCAAUCUACGUAAAAGUUUUAUAAGUUUUAUCGGUUGUUUUUGUUUGUUGGAAUCAUUGAUAUCUAUUGUAGGAAAAAUAGUAAAAAGGGACAGUUACUCCAUACAUGUUUAUCAUUGUCUACUCAUAUGAAAAUAAUUUCUAGAUAUGGGCCUAAGUCAAACUACUAAUCAUAACAGAAUUUAAUGGUAGCUCAAAUGUUUAUUAUAUAUUUAAUGACAAUCAUGAAUAUGUUAAUGACUUUUCAACUUUAAUUUAGUUACGUUUUCAUUUAUUUUGUAUUUUUAUCUAUAUCUACAAAUGACACUGGCUUUUUAAAUAACAAAUGUAACAGAUAGUAAGGAAACCAAAUUUUUACGAUAAGUUUGUACAGUCAGCGUCAAAUACUUUGUAGCAGUCAGGGUGGCCAAAUAGUUCGGUACACCAUACUAAAUAUAUGGUGUACCGAACUAUUUGGCUACUUUGGUUGCUACAAAGUAUUUGACGCUGACUGUACAAAUCAGCUUUGUACCGAUAUUUGUGUAUAAUUUUGUCGAAUUCUAUAAAAUAUAUCGAAACACAAGGUAACAACAAUGUACCUACCUACCAAUAAUAUAUUUAAAUACAAAUUAUUUAAUUUACA